CGCCGAUCAUGGAGCUGUCUGCAGUCGGGGAGCGGGUGUUCGCCGCCGAAUCCAUCAUUAAGCGGCGGAUCAGAAAGGGCCGUAUUGAAUAUUUGGUGAAAUGGAAAGGCUGGGCCAUAAAGUACAGCACCUGGGAGCCAGAAGAAAAUAUUUUGGAUUCCCGUCUCAUUGUAGCUUUCGAGCAGAAGGAAAGAGAGCAAGAAAUUUAUGGACCUAAAAAACGAGGCCCUAAACCAAAAACCUUCCUCUUAAAGGCCCGAGCCCAGGCUGAAGCUUUACGUGUGAAUGAUGUCCAUUUCACCGUCAAACCAGGUUCUAGUGCUUCUCCAAAACUCCACUCCAGCGCUGCAAUGCACCGCCUGAAGAAGGACAUACGCCGUUGUCACAGCAUGUCUCGACGCCCACUUCCCCGUCCAGACCCUUCGGCCCCUUCUGGAACAGGCUCUGGCUUGCGCCCUCCAGUGUCUCCUUUCUCUGAAACUGUUCGGAUAAUCAAUCGAAAGGCAAAGCCUCGGGAACCCAAAAGGAACCGCAUCAUCCUCAACCUUAAGGUGAUUGACAAAGGUGCAAAGCCACCUCUAGGGCGCCCCAAAAUUCCAUCUCGGAAUAGGGUUAUAGGAAAAAGUAAGAAGUUUAGCGAGAGUAUGCUGCGCAAUCAGCUUCGUCAUUUCAAGUAUGGAGCCUACCCACUUUACAACAAGCCUGUUCUGCGUGGUCCAGAUGCUGGUAAGCCUGAGGAAGCUUCAACCCUCCAAAGCAUGGCAGAUGACAGCUCCAGCACUUCUGGAUGCCCUUCCCCAGCCCCUUCUGACGACCGCCCUCCUAAGCUGCUACCUGAAACCCUUAGCCCUGCUGUUCCUGAUUGGCGAGAAUCCGAGGCUCUGGAUCUCUCCAUCCCACCAGAGUCAUCUGCUAGCAAACGUGGGCAAGGAGAGCCUGAUGAUUCUGAUCCUGAAGAGGAAGCUGGAGAUUGGCGUCCUGACAUGUCCCCUUGCUCCAAUGUAGUCGUAACAGAUGUCACCAGUAAUCUGUUGACAGUCACCAUUAAAGAGUUCUGCAAUGCUCAAGAUUUUGAGAAAGUAGCUGCUGCUGGCAAAUAAGAAGUGGAAAGAAAUAUUGUCCGCAAGAAACACAUGGGGGAGAAAAUGUAUGGAAUAUUUAAAAGUUAACUCACGCUUCCUGUCAGAGGUCAAAACAAAAACCUUUCCAUACAAGUUUUGGUUCAAAUUUUGGAAGUGGCGCUUCACUCUAAGACUGUCUUGAUUUCAUACACUUGAAACUGCUCUUCAUUCAAGAAUGUCUCUUAGAAUAGCCCUACUUUGUAACUUUGAACUCCUCUUUUUUUUUUUUUUUUUUUCCCCCUUUGGCAGAUACAAUGAUUUGUGUACAUGUAUGCAGUGGUGCUUUAUUUUAUUUCACCCCCUCCCCUCCUUUUUUCCUUCUAUCUCAUCUUCUCUAACGUUGACAGAAUAUUAAGAAGGUUUGGCUUGGCCUGCUCAGUCUGCUGAGUUAAUUGCACAAUUUGUGCAAUAUUAAUAUAUUUAUCUUGAUUUUUGUGUAACAGCGAGGCAGCAAAAAUAAUUUAAAAUUGAGGAAAUCCAGAAUUUGUCAGUUACAUACAAAACACUCCUAAUUUGAGUAUAGAUAUUUGGUCUAUCAUGCCCCCACAACCGCUUGUAAAAUUAAUAUUAAAAAUAAAUAUUUAAAUUACAAUUUCCCUUAGUUUGAAUCUAAAUUGGCAAUUCAAUUCAACAAAUAUAUUAAAAGCUAUACUAUCUGUGGGGCACAAGAUGGUGCCCAACCAAAACAAAAAAGUGAGAAAAAGAAAGCUCGAACCAGACUAUCACUUUUCUGUUGGUGAUAGUUUCUUGUUACCUUAUCCAAAGAAAUGUGUUUAAGUGGUGUGAGUAAAUCAUGCAUUUGAGGUAAGUGAAAUUUUUUUUUUGACCUUUGU